UAACCAGGAACCGGAAGUUUUUUGCCAGCGUGUGUUUUGUAACUGUAGGCUGUUGUUGUUGCUGCGGGUAUGAAUUAUUUUAGAUUUUUCUGUCAAUUUUAGAAACCGCAUUAAAGGCUCGGAAAGUUUACGCGUUUACAGUUCGUGGAUUAUUAGUACCUCUCAAAGGUAGUUAAGAAAAUACAAACGACGAACUAAAGGCAUUGUUGUAUAUUUUAUAAAUUACACACGAUUUAUCGGAAUUGACUUUCACGUAACUUUAUCAGGCAGCUUAACAUGUUUGUUCAUUAUUCUAAAUUUUAGUUUCUUACUAAAUAGCUACACUGAAUGAAAGUAAUUUAGUCUGAAUGUAGUUGCGUUUGUUUAACAACACAGAAAAAGAGACAUGGACCACCGUAACUAUCGAAAGCAGUUACCGGAUCACAGAAGACUUCAAGACGAACCUGGGGUCGAGUCUGAUGAACGACAUAAACGCCUGCGACGCGACCAAGACGUGGGUGUUGCCGCUGCCGUUUCCGAACAUCCUCCGGUUCUUAGCACAAGGCGACACUUGUACGAAAGAGACUUUCCUCUAUACAAACAACCUGUGGAAGUGGGACACUUUUCUCUAGAUGCCAAGCGCCGUUUUUUCAACGAUGACAGACAGCUGCGAUAUUACAUCCAUCCGGACAGACACCCGAAUUUCAAUCUCCGUGAUGGGUACCGUGACCGGUACAUCAAGAGAGACGAGGGGGUGAAGGAAAAACUGGACCACCUUCUCAGGUGGAUUUUGGCAAACAGAUCAAAAAUCCAGAUCCAAGCGGCUUCAUCACGGGAGCUGAACGUGGAUGUGGUCACGUGGCGGGGUCACCUGACCAAGCUACUGACCACGCCCUACGAGGCGCGUGAGGGCUGGCUGCUGGCGGUGACGCGCUUCCGCGGCGCGCUGUACAUCAGCGAGGUGGAGACCGAGGCGGCACAGCGCAGCCGGGAGAGCCGCCCCCAGAGGCACGAGGAGAUGAUGUACUGGGGGUACAAGUUCGAGCAGUACAUCUGUGCAGACGGAGCUCAGAAUCGGCCUGAUCCUGCUGGAGUAGUGAACACGAACGAGGCUUACUGCACCGUCAUCCAGACGCGUCUGGCGGGGCAUAAGCUUUUGUUCUCUGGGGAGGUGGACUGCAGGGAUGGAGACCCUCGGGCCCCACCGGCUCCAGGCUGCUACGUUGAACUGAAGACCUCUGCUGAAAUCUGCACCCCGAAGCAGCACAGCAAUUUCCUCAGGUACAAACUUCUGAAAUGGUGGGCUCAAUCCUUCCUACCUGGGGUCCCCAGAAUCGUCGCCGGUUUCCGUGACAAUGACGGAAUUGUGGUUUCCGUGGAUACCUUUCACACCUCCAAAAUAUCCCAGCUUAUCAAGAGUGAGGAGAACUGCUGGAAGCCGACCGUGUGCAUGAACUUCUGCGCCGACUUCCUGACGUUUGCCAAGACAGUGGCAACUGAAGAUGAUCCUGAGGUGGUCUACCUCUUCUCCUGGGACCCUAACAGAGAUGUCACCUACUCCAUCCACCGGAAUUCACAGUACACCUUCCUCACGGACUGGUUCGUGAGAGAACUGACGCACACGUGACUGAAGUGGACCCAGUGGACCCAGCAGAGGUUCGAGGCGGACUCCAUUUCCACCGUACUGAUUGACUGGCAGCCUUGGAGUUACAUUGACAGUUUGAGCGGGCGAGAUGCUGAAAAUACUGUAUUUUAACACCCUUUUAAUCCAGUAAGAGUUAUAGUACAAUCUUGUAAAAUUGGAAUGGUUCAUUUUAAUCAGUAUUCUCAUGCGCUUUGGGCUGUGCCAAGUGUUUGUGACUGAGGAUAAACAUUUCAGAUUUACGUUUUACCAGUCAGCAAGUGAAGUACAUUGUGUACUGUAACUGUAGCGGUAAUCUAUGACAUAUCAGAUACAGGGAAUAAAUUAUAAAACAG